GGCCCUGCCAUGUGGAAGCCCCGCCACGUGCUUGAGGUUCUCCACCCUGUGGUCCAUGGACCAAGAGGGUUGUGCUGAGGAAAGCAAGAUUGGUUCAAUUUGCUAGAACUGCCUAUUAAAAUUGCAGCAGGUUUCCAAAGCAGCAGAUAAAAAACUGCAUCUGCAAGCUCCGUUCCCUGGUGUUGCCCAGGCUUGGUUGCUCCUGCUGACCAGCCUGCUGAGGCUUGGAUGGAGUCCCACGCUCAGCCCUGCCCCAUAAAGGGGAGUUACUACUCCAGCAGCACGUUCUUGAUUAGCGCCUUCCAGGACAGCACGUGUCAGAGAAACAGCUACAGAACCCUUCUCCCAUCCAGUGCAUCCAGCUCUGUGCCCGUCAUCACCUCAGUGGUGUUGAAAGUAAUUGGAGAUUAGGCAUCUCCACGCCCUUGGAAAUCUACCUCCUGCUAAAGUGACUGCAAACCUCUGUGCCCUUGGAGUGCUUUGAGUCGUAUUCUGGCCAUCUAAGGGGGUGCUGAGUGGGAGGUGAGCCCCUCCAACACCUGGCAAACUCCACACAUCCCUACGGGUACCAGGGCAUUGAAGACAGCGGGGAACUGGCGGAGUUACAAAAGUGGGUCAACUCACCUGUGAAGUAUUCUGGGUCAGGUACUAAGAAGCAAAUAAGCUCUUUAUGUUGCCUAAAUUACAAGUGGGUAAACUUCGUGUACUGGGAUUUAUCCCUGACUACCCUGCUAAAGGAAUGUGCUCCAAAAUGGCUCAUGCUGAAGAGGACACGGUCAAGCACCUUUGGUGGAGGAAACUAAGUCAGCAGCCCCCAAAUGGUCUGGUGUUAAUGGAUUUAAUGCUUCCCCUCCCCUACCUGGUGCAGUAACUUUUCUCUAGGGACAAAGCUUAAGAAAGAAUCAGCCAAGCCCUUGUGUAGCUUGUGGUUUGGCUUCCUGCCCGCUCUGCCCUUCAAGCAGGAAAUUCUCAAAGGGAAGGGAGUGCUUUGUGAAGCUACCUUAAGACUCUGCCACUUCUCUUGUAGUCAGAACUUAACAUCAGGUCAUCUGGAACUCCUGGAAGCUGACCAGACAGACUGAUGGCGCCUACAGAAGACAUUUAAGCAACUUCUCUACCUUGAUCAUUUUCCCUCAUCUUUUGUCCUUUACGUCCUUGAUUGCUGUUAUUCAGACCUGAGAUAAUACACUCCUGAUAUCACUGAGAUGGGAGAGACAAGCAAGGAGGAAGAGAUCAAAGGAAGGAGAAGAAAGAGAAGAUGCCAAAGGCAGAAGAAGAAAGAAGGAAGAUGCCAAAUACUUCCUUGAUUUACCUACUUUACAUACCCGGCACACAAAGUUUCAGAAAUUCUUAAUGUACUUAAUUUCCAGAGUUCUGGGUUUGCCACGUAAUCACCAGACAGCAGGAGACUGUCAGCAGGGGCCAUGGGCAUCCUCUUUUCCACCAGCAGAGGAAGUAGCUUGAAAGCUGGAUCCAGAAAGCCCAGGAGGCCCUUGGCACCUGUGAGCGUUGGCCGGACUUGAAAAGAAACCCGGCAGCACAAACUGGGAGACGAGUACGGCUAAAAUAUCUUUCUGCUUCCCUCUGCCGGCCAGAAAACAGCAGUACCUAUGUAAUUCCUGCAAAACAGGGAAGGGUCGGGGUGAAGAACAGCAAAAGAUAAGAGGGGUCAUCUUGCACUGUCACUACACAAGCAUUAACUCAACUGAUUUCUUUGAAUUUGCUCCUGAAUUUCAGAAAUGCAAUGUACGUGUGUCCUGGAGAGCUCAAGAAGAUUGGAAAUGGGGUCAAAUACAGUGUCACCUUGGAGGAUUAUAACCUUGCUGCCACACUGACUGGCUGGAAAUAUUGGCUUAUCUACACUUCUGCCUGUGGUGCCUACCCUAUCUUGGUGUAGUCUGGUGGAGAAAGAAAAGCAGCAGAAAGGCUACAGAGAAAUUUUUUUGUGCUUCACUGAAGUAAUUGUUGCUUGUCCAAGGCAAACAGGAUGGAUGGGAAGAAGUGGUACCAAGUCUCAGAUAAGGCAGUUCCAGUAGAGUCCAUAUUUCUUCUCUAAAGAGAAGUUCCAGCAUCAAAGAGGCUGAAAAGCAAACACUCCAACCAACCAAAAUGGAAGGAGGCAACAGUCCAAAUCUCCAACUUCAGCAGCUCCCAUUGGCCACAGCAGCAGUUUCUGUGCAGCCACACACCGACUCCUUUUCUUACAAGGAGAACUUGAUUGGUGCGUUACUAGCUAUUUUUGGGCAUCUUGUUAUCAGUAUUGCACUCAACCUCCAGAAAUACAGCCACAUCCGGCUGGCAGGUUCCAAAGACCCCCGAGCCUACUUCAAAACCAAGACGUGGUGGUGUGGACUGUUCCUGCUGGUGCUGGGUGAACUGGGAGUGUUUUCCUCUUAUGCCUUUGCUCCUCUUUCACUGAUUGUGCCGCUCAGUGCAGUGUCUGUCAUAGCUAGUGCAAUCAUUGGAAUUAUAUUUAUUAAAGAAAAAUGGAAGCCCAAGGAUUUUUUGAGGCGCUACGUUUUGUCCUUUGUAGGCUGUGGUUUGGCAAUUGUUGGAACUUAUCUGCUGAUAACAUUUGGACCUAAUAGUCAUGAGAAGAUGACAGGAGAAAAUAUCACUAGGCAUUUAGUGAGCUGGCCAUUUCUGCUGUAUAUGCUUGUGGAGAUCAUCGUAUUCUGCCUGCUACUAUAUUUUUAUAAGGAGAAAAAUGCAAACUACAUUGUAGUUAUUCUUCUGCUGGUAGCUUUGCUGGGUUCCAUGACUGUUGUGACGGUGAAGGCUGUGGCAGGAAUGAUUGUUGUCUCCAUACAAGGAAACCUGCAACUCGACUACCCUAUAUUUUAUAUCAUGUUGGUGUGCAUGAUUGCUACAGCCAUCUAUCAGGCAACGUUUUUAGCUCAAGCCUCCCAGCUGUAUGACUCAUCUCAGAUUGCCAGCAUCGGCUACAUCCUGUCCACCACAGCAGCAAUCACUGCAGGAGCAACUUUUUACUUGGACUUCACCGGUGAAGAUGUUCUCCAUAUAUGUAUGUUUGCACUUGGGUGCCUCAUAGCAUUUCUAGGUGUCUUCCUGAUCACGAGAAAUAGGAAGAAAUCCGUACCAUUUGAACCUUACAUAUCAAUGGAUGCUAUGCCAGGCAUGCAGAACAUGCACGAUAAAGGGAUUGCAGUUCAGCCUGACCUCAAAGCUUCUUUUUCCUACGGUGCCCUAGAGAACAACGACAACAUGCCGGAAAUCUAUACUCCAGCCACAUUGCCCAUCGUGCAGGAGCAACACGGUUCCAAAGGAGUUUCUGCUCCACCCUACCGAGUGCUGGAGCACAGCAAAAAGGAGUGAGUGACCUUUAAAGGAGCUGAUUUGAAUUGUCAGAAGUAUGACCUUUUAUUUAUUUACCCAUUAAAAUACAAGCAAGUGUAAAGCCAACCUUGAUAGCGUUUAAAGCUCGUCUCAAACUUAACUUUCAAGGCUGAUUAUUAAAAUAAACAAUCCUCUGUCGUUGUGAAGUUGAAAGCAUUCCUCUUAGCAAGAAGUAAAUCCCAGUUCUCCGUUGAAGGCUGCUGUCUGGAAGCAUGAAAUGGUGAGGGCAGAAUCAUGGCAGUGUGAAACCCAUGAGAUGGCAGAUGCUGGGAGAACUCAGAGCUGUGGGAAGAGAAGUGACUGUGCAAUUUUUAGUCCUGCUGGGAGUGGGUUUGUCUCCAACUAGAAGUUUUCAGGAGUUUCUCACAGAGAGGGGAGGGCAGGAUUUAAUCUUUAAUAUAUAGAGGCUGUGAGGGAUUUCCAGAGAAGUUGUAAAUGCUCACGUCUCUAGCGUGACCACCAAAUUACCUUAACAUGGCAAUAAAAUGUAAUUGUUUUCAGCACGAA